ACGAAUUUCAGUUGUUUCGAUUCAUCCAAGAAAACAGUUCACUUCCAAAAGCGCUCAAGAGAGAAAAAUAUAAGAAAAUGAAAUUCAUUUUUGCGCUUUCCUUAAUGCUAGUCCUGUUGGUCUUGGCCCAAGGACAAAUAUUGGAUAUUAAUUGUGCCUCGGAGCCUUUGGUUAUUGGGCCAUGCCAGAACCGGAUGUCUGGAUAUAGUUACUCCGAAAUCAGGAAGAGAUGCGUUAAUUUUGCGGCUAGAGGAUGUCAAAUUGCUGGCAACUUUUUCUUCACUCGAGCGGAGUGCGAUGCUAAAUGCAAACCCAUUGAGACCUUUGCACAGGCACCAUUUAGCUUCCUUUUGGAACGAAUCAUUUCCCAGGCUCGCGACAUAUUUUCCGCGAUUUUUGAUUUACCUUAAGAACUGUAUGCUUUGGAAAAUAAAUACGUUUUAUCGGUAAAUGUGCAACGAAA